AAAGUAGCAUAGUAGAUUCAUGUGCACCGUCUUGGAUUCAGGCAUGAAGAGACAAUGGAGAUAGAGAAUUCAUUCAACGGUUUGGCUGCAUCUUUGCCCUGAUAGGACUAGUAUAGGCUACACUUGUUACAAUGCACUAUAAAUCCAGAUAUUACCUUUAGGUCAAUGUUCAAUCAGUGAUAGUUGAGUAAUCAGAGUGUUCUGUCUGUGGUUUAGGGGACAGCGAAAUAAUGAUGAUAAUAUAGUGUGUAUUCCUUAUUGCACUCAGUGAUGCAUACACAGACAUGAUGUACUCUCUUUAUAUGCACAAAUACUUUGCAUUACCUUAUUCUCAAUGAAGUAUUGACGAUUGACUCCCAUAUUUUUCCUUCUAUUAGUCAGACAGUUGCUAAAUAUUUUUUUGGUCAUUAUCAUUGGCACAGGGGGAAGAACUUGUCUCAGUGUGAGUGUUUGCAUUUGUUUGCAUGUGUGUGUGUGUGUGUGUGUGUUUUCAGGCAUGAAGAGACAAUGGAGAGAGAGAAUUUGCACAAUGGUUUGGCUGCAUCUUUGCUCAGAUAGGAGUAGUAGGCUACACUUGGUACAAUGCACUAUAAAUCCAGAUAUUACCUUUAGGUCAAUGUUCAAUCAGUGAUAGUUGAGUAAUCAGAUAGUGUUCCCUGUGGGUGUGGUUCAGGGACAGAAUAUUUGUUUGCAUUUGUGUGUGUGUGUUUUAUCGGUUUGCGUGUGUGUAUAAGACAGAAGGCAUAGGUACAUGCAAAUGUACCAGGUGUGCAAAAAACCUGCUCUGCUAACCAUCAACAAAUAGUGUGAGAGAAAGGGUGUGAAACAAACAACACAAGAAGAUUGUGUGAGCAGUGAGCACAUGUGUGUCGGCUGGUGCUACCUCCCUGUCCUUCAUCAUGGCAAGUGUGGAGCGCGGGGGGAUGAGUGAGGGGGUGCGCCCCCAGGGCAUGGGAAUUGUGGCCAGCGGGGUAUUCUCCUCGACCACCACCUCUGGCCAGCAGCAAUAGCAGCAGGAGAUCGCCAUGCGGAGCGUGGGCACCCGCACCACCCAGCAGAACAGCCUGCCUCGUGCCCCCCCACCACCCCCCUCCUCCUCUUCCUCCUCCACUUCCACCCACAGGGGCAGGGGCUUGGCAGAUAGGAGUUACAGCAUUGAGAGGUCCUCUCAGCAACCUCCUCCCCUGACCCAUGCUAAGGGGACUACGGCUGACGAACGAAGCUUUGCCACGGUGGAGCACUCUUCUUCUUACUACGGCAGCGAGCGUCCUCCGCCGCUCUGCGAGAGAGCAGAGAGAGAGAGGCCCCCCCGCCCAUAACAAUGGAAACAGACAAGUCUCCAAUGGCAAUAGGGGCGUUUCCAAUGGGAACCGAGCAGCGGCAGUGGUGGGUAACAGUGAGAGGCAGGUGUCCAAUGCAGUGUUUUUGAAUGGAGGCGGGCGGCGUGAUGGGCGGGACCAGAGGGAUGGGCGGUACCAGAGGGAUGGGCGUGAUGGGGGGCGAGAAGUGCCGAGAGGGGCAGUGAGUUUGGACAUUUGCGGGAACAACGAGGUCUCGCUGAACAAUGAUCGAAACAGUAGCCAACAACUAGCUCAGUACAAGGAGGUGGGCGCCAGCGCAGCCAAACUGGAUAACCAUAACAAACCCCCCAACAUCCUCCCCAUCUCUGGGAAGCUGGAGAAGGUUCAGAGCAACGAUGGAUUGGUCCGCCCCUCUGCCUUCAAGCCUGUAGUGCCCAAGAGCUUCCAUUCCAUGCAGAAUCUGGUGUGCCCCCCCCAGGCCGGAGGAGGGGGCCGCAGCGCCGGAGGUGGGGCUGGAGGUGGUGGGGGUCCCAGUGUACCAGGACCCCCCAGAGACACAGACAGCUCUGGCGGCCGGGGUGGAGGUACCAGAGGCGGGGAAGGUGGUGGCAGCAGGGGCGGAGGCCAGGGGAGCCUCUCCGACUCAGGGAGGAACUCUCUAACCAGCCUGCCCACCUACGCUGGCUCCAGCUCGGGCUACGGGCCCCCGCCUGUCCUAGGGCCCCUGAGCGCCUCCACCAGCCACAUCAACCGCCUGGGGACCACGGGGGCCCUGGAGAAGUUGGACAAGCCUGGUGGCGUUAGCGGUAAUAGUGGAUACCAGAACGGACUGAGCACCUCGGAUAGUGGUCGCUCCUCCUCUGGGAAGAGCUCCUCGUCCUAUCAGAGGCUCAGCCACCUGAGUGACGCCCCCCCGCCCCUCCGCCCCUCGCCCUCCUCCGAUGACGUCAUCCAGGACCUGGAGGAUCGGCUAUGGGAGAGAGAGCAAGAGGUGCUCCACAUGCGCCGUAACCUAGACCAGAGUGAGGCGGCCAUCGUCCAGGUGUUUGAGGAGAAGCAGCGCGUGUGGGAGCGCCAGAUGGACGAGCUGCGGCAGAAUUAUGCCUCACGCCUGCAGCAGGUGACGCGUCGCGCCCAGCGCUCCCAGAGUGCCUUGCAGGCCCAGAUCAGCCGUCUGUCGCAGGACAAGCGACGCCUGCAUGAGGAGAUGGCUGCGCUGCUGGCCCAGAGAGAGGAGCUGGAGAGGAAGUGCCUGGACUACAGGAAGGAGCAGGCUGACAUCCUGCCACGCCUGGAGGAGACCAAAUGGGAGGUGUGUCAGAAGGCAGGGGAGAUCUCCCUGCUGAAGCAGCAGCUGAGGGAGAGCCAGGCGGAGGUGACCCAACGGGCGGGGGAGAUGGUGGCCCUGCGGGGCCAGCUGAAGGAGGCCAACGCCCAGUUGAGGGACUGGGAAGAGGCCAUGUUGGGCCUCAAGGACUCCUACAGCACCAAGACCCUGGAGCUGGAGCGCUGCGAGGGGGAGCUGCAGAAGACGCUGACCGAGGUCUCUCAGCUGAGGGACAAGCUGGGAAUGUUUGAGGCUGAGGUGGUAGGGCUGAAGCGGGCCCUGGGUGAGUUCAGUGUGAGGGAUAGGGCUGUCGAGGCUAGUGGUGGGGGGAGCAGGGAAGCAUCCAGGACCAGAGUGGGGCUUCCCUCGCCACACAGCCCACCUGAAGGCUCCGCCUUCUCCUACCCGGCCCUGCCUCCACCCCCCGUACCCCCCCCAGAUGCCAUACUGAGUUUGCAGAGUGAUGAGGUUCAGUGCCAGGAUGCCCACCAUCACCAGGAGGCUCACUUGCGUCAGGAAGCUCAUCAGCGUCAAGAGGCCCAACUGCGGCAGGAAAUCCACCAGCAGCGCCAGGAGGCCCACCAGCAGUGGGAGGAGGCAGGGGACCUGCACCGGCAGCUGGAGCACCUCCAAGGUGAGCUGCGUCUGGAGCGACAGCAGCGUGAGCGACAGGCACUCACCUUCAAGAAGGAGCGCCACGUGUGGAUGGACGAGAAGGAGCAUGUGCUCAAGUACCAGGCCCAGCUGCAGCUCAGCUAUGUGGAGACCCUGCAGAAGAACCAGGCCCUGGAGCUCCGCGUGGGCCAGCUGGGCUCCAAGCUCACCUCCACCAACACCACCCCCUCGCCCACCUCGCCACCCCCACUGUCCCCCAUCCCCCUGCCUGCCCCCGUCACUCCCCUACCCUCCCUCUCUCUCUCCCCACCUCCCCUUGCUGAGGACAAGAAGCUCCCUCCCGCCCUUCACCAGCUGGCCCCUCCCUGGCCGGUACUCACCCGUCUGGAGAGGAUAGAAUCCACAGAGAUCUAGAUUCUAUGUGCUCUAGAUCCAUAGUCCUCCAGAACACUGCAGAUCAGUUCAAUUCAGCUUAUACACACUUUUACAAUAAUUAAACAGUAGCACAUAUCAAUAGCAUUCAUUUUGUAGUCCUAAAUAGUUAUACUCACUGCUACCCCGGGGUGGUCCUAGGACGCACUGCACUAUGGAUGGCAGAGAGAGGCAUGGACGACCAUUGGGAAAGGGGGAGGAAAAGGACAGUUUACACUGGUUUUCAAAGACGCUCUUCAAGCCACCCUUAUGCAGGUUUUAGUUCUAUUGAUCGGCAAUCCACUGAACAUUUAGGUUGGGGUGAAUAUUGGGGUCAAGAGUAACACACUAUUGGAAAAACUAUUGUUGCGUUGUCAUUAGCAUGAUAUGAAUAUAUUAUAAAGCAAAGACAGUCUGUGGGAGAAAGAUUCUCCUCAAGGCAGCCUCUAAAGAUGAUGUGGGGAAGAAAAAAAACUCUAUUUAAAUCAAGCCAAAUACUACUACUAAACAUGUACUACUAUAGUUGUCAAAUACUGUAAAGGUAGGGAUAACUACCCUGCAGAUUCUGUCUGGGCCUAUUUGUAAAUUGUCACAACAACUGACAGUGUAAAGACCGAGAAUGUAUGAUAUAGAGUUUAAUAAAAAAAUAUAUAAUUAAUUUCACCUUUAUUUAACCAGGUAGGCCAGUUGAGAACAAGUUCUCAUUUACAACUGCGACCUGGUCAAGAUAAAGCAAAGCAGUGCGACAAAAACAACGGAGUUACACAUGGAAUAAACAAACGUACAGUCAACAACACAAUAGAAAAAUCUGUAUACAGUGUGUGCAAUUAAGUAAGGCGGUAAGGCAAUAAAUAGGCCAAUGGUGGCGAAGUAAUUACAAUUUAGCAAUUUAUACUGGAGUGAUAUAUGUGCAGAUGAGGAUGUGCAGGUAAAAAUACUGGUAUGCAGAAGAGCAGAAAAACAAAUAUGGGGAUGAGGUAGGUAGUUGGUGGGAUGGGCUAUUUACAGAUGGGCUGUAUACAGCUGCAGUGAUCGGUAAGCUGCUCUGACAGCUGACGCUUAAAGUUAGUGAGGGAGAUAUGUCUCCAACUUAAUUGAUUUUUUUUUGCAAUUCGUUCCAGUCAUUGGCAGCAGAACUGGAAGGAAAGGCGGCCAAAGGGGGUGUUGGCUUUGGG